CGAAAACUUGAACCUUUGAGUUGAGUGUGUGUGAGACAAGAGGAUAAAGAAACAGUCAUGACCGUCCUCACCUCUUCAUCACCUCUACCCAUCUCUCUCAAUCGUUCCACAGCCACACCCACUCCACUCAACUGCAAAUCACAACCCACCAUCAUUUCCGUUACUUACCAAAGUCAUCGUCUUCGAAGUCAUCUCCGUCCGAUCACCGUUGCUUCUCAGCUCUGCGCCAAUGAAACCAUAAAAAUGGAUAAGUCAACGUUGAGUGUUGCAGAAGCGACGUCUGAGGAUGAGCUCCGGGCUGCUGCGUGUCUACGUGUUCGAACUUUCUAUGACUUCCGGGAAAGUUUCGGUAUCGAAGAUCAUAAAAGGUACUUGGCCGAGCGUGAGUUUGAAGCACUAAAGGAACGUGUUGCAGGGAUGAGAGUGGGCUUUAGGAGAGUUUGUUGCAUCAAUGCUACAUUGCCAUUGUCACAAAUUUCGAGCAUUUCUGAUGAUUUAUGCACUACAUGCAAGUUUUCAGAUGAUGGAGAAGACCACGUAGUCAUUGGGACCCUGGAUCUUAAUCAGUGUCUUAGGCUUCCAGAUGAAAUAACAGGCAUGAAGCCAAAGGGCAUUGGAGCUGAUUUUGCAAGGGCAUACCUAAGCAAUGUAUGUGUUGCGAAGGAACUGCACAGGAAUGGCUUGGGUCAUGCGCUCAUUGCAAAGUCUAAGAUGAUAGCUGAAGAUUGGGGUAACAACUUCUGAGAACUUGUCCACUUACGUUUUCCUCUCCUCCACUGCUUGAUGUUGUGUUGUUUGUGAGAGUUGUUGACUUUGAUGCUUUUAGUUUUCUUGUAUACUUUUCAGCACUCUCUCAAGAAGCAAGUGAAUUAUCAUAUCCUCCAUGUUAUCAGCACUGGCCUUGGUCUGAUUUGAGCAACUUAUACAUUUUGUCUUUGAAAUUCUUUCAGGAGUAAGCGACUUGUAUGUCCACGUUGCUGUUGAUAAUGAACCAGCGAAGAAUUUGUACAUGAAAAGUGGUUUUGUUUUUGAGAAUGAUGAACCUGCAUGGCAGGCCAGGUUUCUAGAUAGGCCUCGAAGGAUUCUUUUGUGGACUGGUCUUCCUACAACCUACGAGUUGUAAUGUUGUAUUACUAUUCAUGUACAAUUAAAUUACUAAUUUGUACCCAUUCAGUUCCAUAAUGUGUAUUUUGUUUCCACCAAAAACAAACUAUUCACAUGGAUUGUAUGCAGAUGCAUUUGUAAAGGUCAAGAAUCUUUAUUCUUUCAAGUGGCAGAAAUGGGUCAAAACAAUGUAACAUUUGAAUCUCUGGAAUGCUAUUUUGUGAACAAAAAGAUGUUGCUG